UCAUCUUUUCACUUCCGGUUUCGCUUUUUUAGACCUCGUUUGUUUUUACAGCAUGGCUGCCACACAAAGUGUUGUUGACAGUAUUCUGUCAACAACAGAUGACAGUAAAUUUAAGACCAUUCAAGUGGAUAGUGCUGAAUUAAUUGAACUGGAUGAAGGCAAUUUACUAGCAGUCAAUGAAAACAAAGUCGACACUAAAGAAUUCAGAAAAAGAACAGAGGAAAUACUUUUGUCAAGCACGAGAGAUGCGACACAAUGUCUAUUUAACUCAUUGUGGCAGCUUCCAGUGGAGCAAGUAGAAGGGGCUUAUGUCGUGAAGUUACCUGAACCUAAGACAUGGCUCCCAAGAGAAAAACCGGUGCCCAAGAAAAAGCCACUGACGAAGUGGCAAGAAUAUGCCAAGUCCAAAGGUAUCUUGAACAAGAAGAAAUCAAGGAUGGUCUGGGAUGAAUUAUCUCAGGAAUACAAACCACGCUGGGGUUACAAAAGGGCGAAUGAUGAUACACAGGAAUGGGCCAUUGAGGUUCCAGACAAUGCAGAUCCUAUGGAAGAUCAGUUUGCCAAGAGAAAGAAUGCAAAGAAAGAGAGAGUUGCAAAGAAUGAACUUCAGCGAUUGAGGAACAUUGCAAGAUCACAGAAAAGUAAAGUUCCUGGAGUGGGUCUCACCCCCACGGAGAAACCGUCAAAGGAUCAGCUGUCAAAGGCCCUAGCUGUGGCGCACAAGUCGACAGCAUCUAUUGGAAAGUUUACAGACAGGCUUCCCAAGGAAAAACCUUCAAGGUUCACGGGCAAGAAACGGAAAUUUGAACCAUCAAUUGGCAAUCUGAAAUCUGAGAAGGAGAAGCAGCUCAACCUGAUUGAAACAAAUGCUAAAAAGCUGCCCAAAAUUGACAUGGCUAAAGCUACAAACAGAGCACUGAGACAAGAAGAGCAGACUGCGUCAAGAGAAAAACAGAGCAGAAAGACUCCUAAGAAGGCAAAAGGAAAGAAAGCUCUUGGCCUGGGCAAAAAGGCAUCGGGUGGAAGGACAGGUGGUGGAAACAAGAAGACCAGAGGGAAGAGAAAGAGAUGAUUAUAAAUUGUUGGGUUUAUUACAUAAAUAAAUGUAGAGAAUCAUAGCACUGUC